GGUGGUGGUGGUAGUAGCUGCUGGAAACCUCCUUUAGAGAAGAAGAGGGGAAAAGCAAGGGGAGGGGAGAGAGAAAGAGAGAAAGAGACUGAGAGAAAGCGAGGUGCCACCCACUCUGAAAUCUUCUCUGGUGGCUGGGGGGUGGCUUUGGGGCACAGAAAAAAAAGAAAGGAGACAACCCCCCCCCCCACCAGCCAGAGACAAAAGAAGGAUUCAUGUUCAAAGGUCCAGCAGAUACCAAACCUGAAGCAGCCAUGUCUGAGCUGGUGCCAGAGCCCAGGCCAAAGCCAGUGGUGCCAAUGAAACCUGUUGGUAUUAAUUCUAACCUUCUGGGCUACAUUGGGAUCGACACCAUCAUAGAGCAAAUGCGCAAGAAGACCAUGAAAACUGGAUUUGACUUCAACAUUAUGGUUGUAGGACAAAGUGGGCUGGGAAAAUCAACACUUGUGAACACCUUAUUCAAAUCCCAAGUCAGUCGCAAAUCUUCAGGCUGGAACCGUGAGGAAAAGAUUCCCAAGACAGUGGAAAUCAAGGCAAUUGGGCAUGUUAUUGAAGAAGGUGGUGUCAAAAUGAAGUUAACAGUUAUUGAUACCCCUGGAUUUGGUGACCAGAUCAACAAUGAAAACUGCUGGGAACCCAUAGAGAAAUAUAUCAAUGAGCAAUAUGAGAAAUUCCUGAAGGAAGAGGUGAAUAUUGCAAGAAAGAAACGAAUCCCAGACACAAGAGUUCACUGUUGCCUCUACUUUAUCUCACCUACAGGUCACUCCUUGCGACCUAUAGAUAUGGAAUUCAUGAAACAUCUGAGCAAAGUUGUAAACAUCAUCCCAGUAAUUGCCAAAGCAGAUACCAUGACCCUGGAGGAAAAAACAGAGUUCAAACAGAGGGUCCGCAAGGAAUUAGAAGUCAACGGAAUUGAGUUUUAUCCCCAGAAAGAGUUUGAUGAGGACCUUGAAGAUAAGACAGAGAAUGACAAAAUCAGGCAGGAAAGUAUGCCAUUCGCAGUUGUAGGGAGUGACAAGGAGUAUCAAGUGAAUGGGAAAAGGGUCCUGGGCAGGAAGACACCUUGGGGAGUCAUUGAAGUGGAAAAUCUCAGCCACUGUGAAUUUGCUCUGCUCCGAGACUUUGUCAUUAGGACCCACCUUCAGGAUUUAAAAGAAGUAACACACAACAUCCACUAUGAGACAUACAGGGCCAAACGACUGAAUGACAAUGGAGGACUCCCCCCAGUGACCGUAGAGACAGAAGAAAACCACGAAAGUAACCUGUGAAUGACCCAUCCUGUUGUCUGCUGUCUUGGAAUCAUAUCCACUAUUCCCCCAUCCCUUGAUUUGAAUUCAGGCCUCUUUUAGAAGCAUGUGGAAUAUCUUUUGUGUAUACAGAAGGGGGAAGAACGUGGGACAUGACCCUCAACUUUCUCCAAAUGUCCCCAUCUUGUUCUACUUCUAUUAUUAUUAUUAUUAUUAUUAUUAUUAUUAUUCAAAUUUUGUAUUUUGCACAGCAGACUCUAGUCUUCCAUUGUAUUCCAGUAUUCAGUUGUGCAUCCUGACUGUGGAAAAUGUUUGGGUAUUCUGGAAGUGGUAAAAUAUCUGGGAUCAUGUGAAAUGCCCCCAGAGGAGGAAAAAAUGAGAUCAGUGAGGAGUGUUGUAAGCACUAUGGAGGAAACAGAAAGCCAUACUUUGGAUGCAAGUGUCACUGGUCUGGAAGAGAUUGGGUUGCUUUGCACUGUGAUAGGUGGUUUGUGUCAUAGAUUCACUUCUCAACAUAGAAGCAGGAAAUAUAGAUUUAGACUGGCAUCUUAAGCACUGUUGUGUGGUAGUAAGUGCCAAUGAAAUCAAUGGGAGGGAUUUGUUUCCGGGUAAAAUGUGUUUAAUUAGAAGUAAUGUGCCAGUGUGGAAAGAUGAGAUAUUGGUCACUUUGUUUUCAUGAAAAGACUGAUUGGAGACAAAGUUGUAGAGAGAGAAAAAAGAGUUGAUAUUUGAUUUGGAAGUAAUAGUUUUCUUGGUGUGCUAAAAAAAAGAGCAUUUUGUGAAAAGAAACCUUUCAGACUGUGGUGCAAAUAUUUUUUGUUAGGUACAAAGAUCACUUUUAAAUCACCAUUACAUUGUCAGAUCUCUUGGUUCUGCCAUUGUUAGAGCUGCGCUAAGAAUGCUUUAUAUAAAUAAAGACACAUUACUGUAACAAUCCUCUUUGGAUUGUUGCAGCAGGUAGAAACAUGAGAAGUAUGACAUGUUCCAAUUGUGCCUUUUCUCCCUCUGACUUAUUGACUAUGAGGGGAUAGCUUUCUGCUAAGCAGAAAACAUCAUAGGCUGGGAAUAUUAACUCCCAAAGAUCCCCCCACCUAUUAUACAGGGAGAGGUCCAACAGCAUGAAGAGGCUACUUAGGACACAAUAUGGCAUUCUUAUUCUGACUUUACUCAUGAUAGGCCUUGCUCAGGUGGCUUACUCAUCGAGUUGUGGGCAUACUGCCAGUGACAGAAUAUAUCUUCUGAUAUCUUUUGUGUCUCAGAGAAUCCUGAUCCUGACCUUUUAUUUUUUUGAAAAAAGUAAGAGCAAGUGCCUAGUUUCCAUGGCUUUGGAGGAAAAGUAUGAAGAUGUGUGGGCAUCUGGGGAAGGCUUAGAAAGCAGAAAUGGUCUUCUGAUGACUUUACUGUCUUGGGCAGGCCCCUAACUGUCUCUGUUACCCUGCCUUUGGUAUUUCAUAUACUUUCUAGAGUGUUAAUACUAAUGAACAGUAUUGUCCCUCCUUUAAAAAAAAAAAGCACCAACCUUCCUCAUUCAUAAACCUUUUAUCAACAGCUGUUCCAUUCAUUAUGGAAGAAUUCAAACAUACAUCUGAGGAAGCAGGCUCAAGUCUAUGAAGGUUCAUGUUUCCAUCUUCUUUCUUUCAGUUCAUCUCAAAGGUGCUGCAAGAUCCCUUUCCAUACUGGUCCAUUCAUUAGGCAAACUGAGAAAGCUGCCUAAGACAGCAGAACACCAAAUUAGGUUGCUUGGCACUUCCGAAAGGGUCUCAACCACAUCAUGCCUCCCUCCUGUUACUACCUCUCCUGCUUCUUUCUUCUCUCUUCCUUGCUUCAUGCCGCUAUGCCUCCUUCCCUCCCCCAUGUCUUGUGUCCUGCCCUAUGCCUCCCAAUCCUUCUUCUCUUUCUGCUAUACCUCACCUUAAGCCAAAGCCUACAUGCUCUCUGAAAAGUGGCUAAUGGGCGAGGUGAGGUGAGGUGCAGGGAGAGUGCAACAGGAGGAAGGUGGUGACAGCAGGGAAAUGAGAUGAGUGUAAAAAGAAAAGUAAUAAAUCACUAAAGAUUAAUCUCUAAAUCAAAACUCUACAGGAGUUCCUAAAGUCUGGAUAUUUUGACACUAGAGGGUCUCUUUAGACCAAAGACUUACAUAGUUCAGAAUUCUGUUCACACAAUGAUCCAGCAGUUGCCUAUAGGAAGUUCACAAGCAAGGCAUGAAUACAACUGCACCUUCCCACUCAUGUUCUGCAGCAGCUGGUAUUAUCUGCCUUUGAAGCCAUCUGAUAUGGAUCUGUCCUACUUUAAAGCCAUCCAAGUUGGCAGCCGUUAAAUGCAGAAUGUGGUAGUAAAUUCCACAGUUUAAUUAUUUCUUGUGGUAGUAAAUUCCAUAAUUUAAUUAUUUCUAGUUCUACCAAAAAAAUAAAUAAAAUAAAAUCUAGUACAGUGAAUAGACCUAUACACAGUAUUUCAAGUGUGGUCAAACUUUGGAUUUAUAUAGGGAUGCAUAGCACUGGCAGUUUGGAAAUAAUUUCUAAUUAUUUCCAUUGUGAAAUUUACCUCCUUUUUUGCUGACUUGUACACUGGGUCCAUAUUGUCAUCUAGUUAUCCACCACAGCCCAGUGUCACUCAUUCCCAUCAAUAGGUGUAUAUGUGAAGUUGGAUUUUUUAAAAAUCCAGUUUGCAUCAUUCACUUUGAAAUGUAUUUUGUUACUUUGAUGCUCAUUCCCCCAAUUCAGAGAAAUCCAGUUGGAGCACUUUACAGUCCACCCUGCCUCCAUUACCAGUUACCAUCUUUACCAGUAUUAAUGAGACAAUAAAACAGACUUAUAAUCUUGUAACCUUUGGUACUUAUGUUUAUGGUUGUCAAUGACUAAAUAUGACCUCUAAAACCCACAAGCCAGGCAGUACCUCAAUUGAAGGCUUUAUGAGACGCUGCAGAUCACAGUGCUGAGAAAUGACAACUGUGGUGCUUUCCUGGCUGUGGAGCAUUUUGAGACAAGCAGCUGCAGUAGAACCCCGAGAAGUCUCUCCAGCUGCGUGUCUCCGGGCAACUUGCAACCAGGAGAGCAAUGUAUCCCAGCACCCUGAUCUGCAGCACCUUCAAAACCCUUCAGUUGGGGUUUUCCCUUGCUUAAAGAGCUACAUUUGGGCAGGGAUGUGUGGCAUUGGCAGAUUAGCUAUCAUUGUAGCUACAUCUGAAAAUACAGGAUCAGUUCACCUUAAAUAAAUUGGUGUCACCAGCAAACAUGGCCACCUCACUGCUCACCUGCCAUUAUGAACAAAUUAAAAGGCAUCAGUCCCAAUACUGGCCCAUGGCAAACCCCACUGCUUACAUCCUUCCAUCAUGAGAAAUGACCAUUUGCUCCUCUUCUCUGCUUUCUAUUCUUUAACUAGUGACCAAAUCAUAACAGUGAUCCUCCUCUUAUCCUAUGCUAAGUAUGCUCAAGCUUCUUGUUACCAGAUCAACUCUCACCACUUGUUUAUUAAUGCUGUCACGUAACUCUGAAAGGUUAGAGACAGGAGCUGACUUUGCAGAAGCCAUGCCAAUGCAUUUCCAAUUAGCUUGUUAUUCUAUAUUUAAGUGAUGUAACUAAUUCAUGCAGUGACUUCAGAUCUCUAGAUAACUGUCCUCCAUAGCUUUAAAAAAUAUGUACAGCAAUGAUGAGAAAAGUGUUAACUUCUAGAUGUUGACAGACUAUAACUCCCAUCAUCCCUCACUGUUAGCUGUGUGGCAAGGGGCAGUGGAGUUGCAGUCUAGCAAAACAUGUUCCUCGUGUUAGGUAUACAGAUGUUCCCAGAUGGACAGCUCAUAGUAUUACCAAUCAAAAUACACUGUGCAACUAUUUGAUGUUUUCCUUUUUUUGUCUGGAAAGUAAAAAAGAUGGAAGAAAUAUUUAUAAAACAUGUUACAAAUAGAAAAUAAUUAUGUCUGAACCUCCUGUAAAAUUCUGUUAAUGGGUUAGGAUGAUUGUGCAAUAAACACUCCAUCUGGAAGACCCAUAGCACCUAUGCCACUUCCACAUUUGUUUCCAUAUUGACUUAACUGUUUGC